AUGAGCCUUUGGCAAUGGUACAAGGGCAUUGCGCCCAACACGCGCAUCCUCAUUGGCGUCGGCGUUAUGGCGUAUGCGGGCAUCGGCAUGUACCUCUCGGACAGGGCGGAGGAGAAGUUCGGAUUGGUGCCGACAGAGAAGGAUAAAGAAGAAUUAAGGAAUUCAUUGCCGAGGAUUACAACUGUAGAGAGAGGGAGCAGGUGA